UUUUUUUUUUCUUUUUUUUUUUUUAAUUUACCUACACAAUGAAUAGACUUUUUGGCUCUGGAAAGAAAGUACCUAAACCUACACUCAACGAUGCUAUUGCUAAUACUGAUGUUCGAGUGGAUGCUGUUGAAGUCAAGAUAAAAAAGUUGGACGCCGAGCUCACAAGGUAUCGAGAUCAACUCAAGAAGAUGAGGGAAGGACCUGCCAAGAAAAAUGUACAACAAAAAGCAUUACGCGUAUUAAAACAAAAGAAACUUUAUGAAGCCCAAAGAGAUAACUUGCAACAACAAUCAUUCAAUAUGGAACAAGCUCAAAUGACAACAGAAAACCUGCGUAAUGUCAUGGCUACGGUAGAUGCUAUGCAAGUUGCAAACAAAGAAAUGAAGAAGCAAUACAAGAAUGUCAAUCUAGACAAAAUUGAUCAAUUGCAAGAUGAAAUGGAAGACUUGAUGGAACAAGCGAAUGAAGUCCAAGAGACAUUAGGUAGAUCUUAUAACUUGCCUGAUGAUAUUGAUGAAGAUGAUCUCGAAGCAGAAUUGGAUGCACUUGGCGAUGAAUUGGAGUUUGAGGAAGAAGAUGUACCCUCUUAUUUACAAGAAGAUGAUAUUGAACUUCCAAAAACAUCAGAAACAGACCCUUCAAAAGCACAACAUGAUGUUAAAUUGGAUGAGUUUGGUUUACCUGUGGCUGCCGAAGCUCCCAUGAAAGCAUAAUAAAACUGCCCUUAUUCCCUUUUGUUUAUUCGUGAUAAAUACACUCUAUUUAUAUGCCCAAUUAAACCAUUUUUUCCC